AACCUAACCGUAUAAAAUAGGAUGGUAUGAUACUUUGUACACGCGAUUGCGUACUACGCUGUUUGCGAAAUGUCGAUUCCUUUUAGUGGAUCACGUUCGCGUUCUGGAGGUUUGAUCAGUGCUAUUGCUAAACAAUUGAAAGAAAUUAAUUUAAAAUUGGUUAAUAAGAUCAUUGUACAAUUCGAUCCCUUUCACAAAAAUAUUACGGAAACGAGAAAGUUUCUUUUCUAUAUAUCAAGUCCAAAGAUUCUAAAAACAAAUCCUUUCUGCGCAUUAAAAACAUUAGUUGUCUGCGAUCGUUCUGAGCCUGUUGUUACAUUUGAUCUCUUAUCAGGUAACAAAGUAAUAUUCAAGUGUGGAAACUUAUCUACUCUCGAUAUCUUACAAUAUUGCAAUAAGCACGUCAGUUCUUUAGUUCCAACGCCUGAAAAGAGUCCUAAAGAACUUUUGUUUGAGAAGAAAGAAAAGAAGAAAAAGAAGAAAAAGUUAAGACAAAAACCAUUUAGCAAAAGAAGGCAUGUAAUUUUGUAAUUUGGCAGAGAUAGAGAAACUUUGCAGAGA